GUGAGAGCAGAGGCAGAGAGCAGGCAAGGCAGAGAGGGAGCGGGGAGAGAGAGCCCCAAAGCAGCCCUGCGCCUCUGAGCUGGGAGCUGCCCGGGCAGAGCCAGCAUGCUGCUCCUCAGCCCCCUUGGCCCGGGAUCUUACCUGCUGCUUUUCUUCUGCUUUGCUUGGUCUCAGACUGCCUACGCUGACAAUGUCUUCUCACUUUCAGCAGAUCUCCCUUGCUUGGAACAGAAGAAGCAGCUCAACUGCAGAGCGUGCUGCCUCCUUGGCCCUCCUCCACCGCCCCUCUUCCCACCACCGUCCUUCAAACACAGCUGGAGCACUAAGCUGGAUAUGGAAGAGCUGUGUCAUGAGCUCCAGAUAAUGCAGGCUUCCUCUCUGCCUGAAUCGCACUGUUCUGCAGGGCCUCCUGGCCCCCAGGGUCCACAAGGAAUUCCUGGUAUAAUGGGACCAAAAGGAGACAAAGGGGAGAUUGGCAGGCCUGGAAGAAAGGGCAGACCAGGUCCCCCGGGUGUCCCUGGGAUGCCAGGACCGGUAGGAUGGCCUGGACCUGUGGGACCGAAGGGUGAAAAGGGAGAGUUGGGUGUGAUGGGAUUGCCAGGUACAAGAGGACCAAUGGGCUCCAAGGGUUUUCCUGGAACAAGAGGAGAAAAGGGAUCCAGAGGUGACAGAGGCGACAAAGGAGUCAAAGGAGACCCGGGAGAAAUAGGCUUCCCUGGAAUGCUGGGACAAAAAGGAGAGAUGGGCCCCAAGGGACAGUCUGGAGUACCAGGACACAGAGGACCUAUAGGAAGACCUGGAAAACGAGGCAAACAAGGACUCAAGGGAGACGCUGGACCGGCGGGUGUCAUGGGCCCACCUGGCAGACCUGGUCCUGUUGGCCAGCCCGGCCCCCCUGGACCCGCAGGAUUAGGGCAAUUUGCAAUAGGACCAAAGGGAGAAAGAGGACUUCCAGGACCUCCAGGGAGAUGUCUCUGCAGAACUGCACAGCAUAUGAGUAACCCAUCAUAUGAAGAAUCUGUGUUUGGACACAGCUACCCCAAAGUUCCCGCGAUUUUUGUGGUGAAUAAUCAAGAAGAAUUGGACCGGUUAAACACUGAAAAUGCAUUAGCUUUUAGAAGAGAUCAGAGGUCUUUGUAUUUCAAGGAUACCUUUGGAUGGCUCCCAGUCCAGCUCACCCCUUUCUACCCCGUGGAUUACCGCUUCGAGGAUGGGGGCACCUGCGGAGACGGGAUCGUGCAGGAUGGGGAGGAGUGCGACGACGGCAAUGCAGUGGUGACUGAUGACUGUAUAAGGUGCCGCCGUGCUUACUGCGGAGAUGGCUACAAGCACGAGGGGGUUGAAGACUGCGAUGGGAUGGAUUUUGGAUAUUUGACAUGUAGAACAUACCUCCCCGGGUCUUACGGAAAAUUGCGAUGCACUCCUUAUUGCUACAUUGACUCCACACAGUGUCGAUACUUCACAUGAGGGGAGCGGAGGUGGGUAGCAUCCCACGUGUAGGGGUGCUAGGUGCUACACUAUCACUCAUCCAAGAAGGACUGGGACAAAAAAACACCCCACCCACCUCUGGGAAAAAAAAACAAAGACACAUCAUGCUGCUGAUGGCUACUUUGAGAUAUUUUUUUUUUAAUAUAAAUUUGUCAGAUAGGGAAAAAUAGGACCACUGCAUCCUGUCUUAAUAGAGAAAUAAAUGUCAGUGUGUGCCAGUGAGACUUCCAUGCAGCUGUGGAUGGCAACUUGCUCUCCAUCACAAAAGCAACAUUAAACUACUGGAAGCUGAGUUUCAUUAACCAGGAAUGUUGUGUAACAAUUACCUCGACUUAGCACUGUUAAACCCAAAUAUAAUCUCUUCAGGGGUUUUGUCUUUAACCCUUCUCUGCAUAAACACAAAGCGUAUCUUGGGUGCCGUGUUUAGAGGGACUUUCUCUUUUAUUACAAUGUGAACUUAGCAAGUGUUGUAUCCACAAGAUAUGACUUCAGCAACUGUAAAGUUACCAAUUCUCCUUCAUUGCUCAAAGGAGUUAAAGUUCUUUCAGAAUCAGCAAAUCAGCCAAAUAGGCUGGUUAACAUCACCUUCAGGUGAAGGCAUUUUCUGCAUGUGCGCACUGCAAGCAGUCACAGGAGGCCGGCAGAACACACAAAGAACAAACUGGACAAAUAAACUGUGAAAAAGCCAAGAAGUGCUCUCCCAGGAGAAAAUCAGACAAGGAGGGAAGAUAAAGAAGGGACAUAUUUCUGUGUUUUUCUCCUCUGUGCUGAGCAGGCUGGGAAAACAUUGGUUUCCUGCCUGAAACCAUGGCCAUGUACGCAUUGUCUUCUCUCUGGAGUCCACACUGGAAGGUCUUUGCAUUUGCAAACCCUUGUCCACCCGACCAUCAUCAUUCAAUUCCCAGUUAUCCCUGUGCUCCCUCCCCCUCUGCCACUGUCUGUUUCCGCCACCGUGUACCCCAGUGUGUGUGCUCACUUUUGUAUCGCCGUGGAUCAGACAGCGGAGCAGCGCGUUUGUGGACGCUCAGUCACGCUGUGCAAUGUACACGUGGGUUUUGUUUCUUGGGAAGGUCUCUCAACUAUAUCAGCUCUGAAUGGAGUCAGGGUAAUUAUAUGCUUAUUUAUUAGCAAGUAAUAAAGAGCAAAUUUCACAUGGAAAAUAUAUUAAAUGUUAUGUGACAAAUAGUCUAUAACAGAAAAUGAAACCAAAAAUGUGCAGAAUUCACGACUAAAAGCCUUAAAAGUAGGUAUCGUUUUCAUAUAAGCCACUCUUUCCAGCUUUGUGGUAAAUGUACAGGACUGUAUGAAAUGUGUGAGUUGUCUGUGCCAGUGACAGCACUGCAACAGCUGCACUGACACUGGCACUUCUGUAGAGGUUAAAUAAAGGUGGGUGUUGUGUUUUAGUGAUAAUGCAUUAAAGCAAUCAAGAAACACAUGCAACUUUUACCACCCGCCAAAAGACUUUAAUUAUGCAUGUAUGAAGUGAUACUGGAAAUCACCAAUUAGCAACAAAAAAAAGAAAGAAAAUUCAUGUACUCUUCAUGACUGUCGCUUACCUGGGCUAUUUAUGUUGCUUUGAAGCCAAGUCACCAGCAUUUGUAGCCCAGUUCAACAGUUUGAAUUUUUUUUUUUUUUUUUUUUUUUUUUUUUUCCUCCUUAACUGAUGUCUUAAUGAAAGGUCCAGGAACCACUGGGACAAGAAAAUUGCCACAAACUCUGGAAAUAUGGGCACUAGCACAGCUGCCUUUUUAAUUUCCUGCUCUUGUGCAAGCAGUGGGUUCCAGCAGCAUCACAGCACGAGGAGCAGGUUUCAGGUCGUCAGCAGGCUCUCGAGGAUGGAUACGCUCGUGACAGAAUGUCCUGCUGGCCAUGCCUCCAGCUGAGCCUCUUGCAGCAUCUGCUGGUGUUACCAUCCUGGGCAUGGAGACACUCCAUCUGAACUACAGACCUCCUCCAAGGAGUUAAUCUCAACCCCCCAAAAGGCUGGAGUCUCUGAGAAGCUUGGUAAUUCCAGUGGCCCUUCACCUUCAGUUUUCAGUUGGAUCAUUUUUAAUUAAAAGUUCCUACCUCCAAAGGACAUUGAAAUAACAAAGCCACGUGCAUGGGUCAUAGGAUAUGUAAACAGGAGAUGUGAUCACCCAGGUAAAACUACUGUGUUGCACAUGUUCAGAAAGGGGGCUAUCGGUCUGGUCAGCCCGGGAACACUUUCAAAGCAUGGAUUUUAAAUGGACAAAGAAAUGUAAAAUAUAAGAAAACAAAAAAAAAGUUUCAUACUGUCAUUACUGUCUUGUUCCCCUCACAAGAUAAAGCAUGAGAAGGUGUAAAGUAUAUAUGAUUUAAAAUGCUGCAAAAGAAAUCUUUUGCCCUCAUUUCUGACUUACCUUAUUUAUCAUUAAUUGGGUAUUCUUCAUCUGGGUGAUGCCUGGUCUGCUGCAAAUUGUCUUCCCUCCUUCUCUGAGUUUGGGAACUUAACACAUUGUGCCAAAACUGGUUCAAAAGCUAAUUGGAAUAUUUCAGUUCAUUGGACUUUUGUAGCAACAAAAGCAUGUGGGAGAGUUUUCUAAUGAUUUAGUAUGCAGCUCAAGGCAAGUACAAAGCAUUAUGCCAUGCACUGUAUUAAUGCACACAUAAAAUCCAGCUU